CCACGAACUCUCACCCAGAACCCAAGCUCACAGAUUUUUUGUUAGCAAUCCAGGACUGCCUUGCCAAAGUGUGCUAAACGUUGAGCUGCCAUUCAAAAGUUCAAACGGUGUACUUUGCAUUUUUGUCAAUCCUUCCUAUUUGGGAAGAGCAAGCUGCUCUCAAACAUGAUCAUGGAUAACGAUAUUCUGCGCGCAUGGCUCCUCAUUCACGAGCUCAGCGACCAGCUUGCUCAUAACCAGAAGAUAUCAAAUGCAAUACAUUCACAAGCUACUUCAAUAAAAGACCAGGCCGUGCACGCCAGCUCAGGUUUUGCUUUGAGGCGGUUUAAUACCGACAUUUCGAAAGAGGUUUUCGACUCCGAAUUGGAGCGCAUGAACGCCCAAUUCAUUAUAGAGAACCAAACCCUACUUCACGAGAACAAGCAAUUUAGUAUCCUUCUCAAAGAAUAUGAAAGCACUAUGGAAACCAUUAUGUCCAAAUUUCGGAAUCAUGCGUUAGCAGCUCAGCAACACGAGCUUACCCUGACGCGCCACUAUGAAGGCUUACUCCUGGCAUGUGAUUCCCAGAACCAGUAUGCGGACCUAACUUCCGAAACCAAGACCGCAGUUGGUCUUCAGCGCCUUGCUCACACCCUCCGUGCAUUGCAUCGUUCCAUGUCUGGCGAAGAGCCCGAACUAAACGAUGAUGGCACCCCAGACUCCCCGAUCGACAUCACUGCUCUCCUUCAAACAUUAGACCAACAAGCAGAAUCCGAGAUUCGGGACGAUUGGGCGUUGGAGCGUGAAAUUGAAAUUUCCCGUCUGGAAAAGGAGAACGAGGAGCUGCGUAAGAUGCUAGGCAUUGACUCCGCCUCCUUGAGCGAAAAGGGAAUCACACUUGAUCUCGAGCGAGAGGAGAGUGGUCGGAUCUCGACGUCACUUUCUGUCGCAUCUCGGAUGCGGAGUGGGUCAUCUUCUUCUGGUUCACGUAUGAGUCCGUGGGCGUUUGACAUUGAUGUGCCACAAGAGCGGGAUAGCAAUCCUUGGAAUGGAUGGGAAUCACAGCCUCAACAACAGCUCCAACAACAACCCCUCCCCCCGCCCCCGCAGCCCCAACGACCACAAACACAGCAGCGGAUCCAGCCGCAACAUCCUCCUCAACUCGGUAGUGGUUUGCGCAUGCAAGAUCCAAUAUACUCCAAUCAACUUCCGUAUGCCAAGACUAUGCGACGACCCGCAAAUUUAUUCUCGCCAAAUCCUGGGCCUGCGCCACCAGUAAGCGUGGGCUCUAGCGUGGGUUGGGCGCAGUCGACACCGUCUAAACUUGACCGUUGGACCCCACCGAAUAUGGCGGAUUUCAAUCAUUAACUCGCGGUAGUUCAUUUCGUUACAGUGUUGUAUCCCUAGACUCUUUUGAUACCCUUCUUGCUUUGACAGUACUCCGCUUACUGCAACGUCUUUCAAUGACAUAUGAACUGCACUGCGUUGCCCUGGAAUUGUAAGCUACACGUCUGUUCGAAC